AUGCAGCGGACUAUUAAGAAAAUUUAUAAAAGUUUUUAAGAAAAGUUAAGUUAAUAGCUUUAAGGCUUUAAAAGUAAUGGCCAGGAGGUAUAAAAUAGUUAAAAUGUUGAUUUAAAUAAGGAAGUAGAUGAUAACUAAUAAAAAAUUCCUUCCUUUUUUUUGCUUUUAUUAAACUUAAGAAGUUAGGAAUAGCUUUAGAUAUUUGAUGAGCAUAUCAAAGAUCCUGAAUGUAAAGAAAAACUUAAGCAAGCACUUACAGAUAUGAUAGAAUCUUAUAAAUAAUCAUUAGACACUGACAUUGCAGUUGCUUUUCUAAAAAAUGUAAAAAUUAUCUCAAAGUCACUAGCCUAAAAAAAAUGGGGCUCAAAAUUUAUUAAAGAAAGCUUAAUUCCUUCAGUCUUUUAAAUGAUAACCCUAGCAAGUGAUAGUAAUAUAGAUUAGCAUUUAAUUGGGAAAGCAAUUUAUUCAAUAGAUACAUGCCUUGGGUAGAAUCUUAGCUUAUCUGAUGCUAUGUGCGAAAAAGCAUAGGAACUUUAUUUAAUUUAGAAAGAAAACUAAUCAAAUAAAUUUUUAUUUAUAAAUGUAUUUCCUUCUCUUUUAGAGUAUCUAAAAUUCGAAUAAAAAUAAUUUUUAGUAAACAUGUUUUUGUAGUCAAGUUUUUUAGAAGAUUUGCCUGAAAUAAAUUUCAAAAAUAUUGGCGAAUAUUUACCAACUAUAAAAGUUAUGAUUUGCCCCUUACAACACUACAUGAGAGAGUUAGCCUAUUUUUAAAAAAUAGAUGAGAAGAUGAAAUAAAGAGAAUUUGAUUUAUUGAAAUUAGCUAGCAACGCCUUAUUUUUGAAAAAAGUGUAUUAAAAAAAAUAUUUUAGCACUUAUAAAAUUCACGCUACCCAUUACUAAAAAGGAAAAAAUAAAGCUAAGAUUGAAAAAGAAGAUAUUAUUAAUAAAAUAAAAGUUGAAGGAGAAAGUUGCUUUUAAAUUUUUAAAAUAUUGAUUAAGCUGAUUGAAAAGUAAAUAGAUAAAGGGCUAUAAAAAGAAUAAAAAUAGAAGUUGAUGAUUUGCAUUUUGGAAUGUCUAUUUUUUUAUAUCGAUAACGAAGAUUUGAGUGAAUAUAAAUUCAAAAAAAAAUAUAUUAAUCCUUUGAUUGAGAACUUUUCUUUUAUAGAAACAAAUUUAAUAGAAACUCUUCCUUUACUUUUCUAAAAUUACUCUAAAAUAUUGUCACAUAACUCAAAUUUUGAUACAAUUGAAUAUGUAACCAGCAAUUUCUUGCAAGUAUGCAAAUUACUUAAUUUUUCUCCAUAAAUUACUCAAUAAAUUUUCUUUAAUUGCUUAUAAUCAGAUCUGAAAAAUAUCAAAGAGUCAAUUUAUUGGUUAAAUUAGUUACCAUAAUAUAUUUCUUAUUUUAAAGAAUUAAAUUUUGCUUUCGAUAGAAUUUAAUUAUCAAAAUUAAUAGAGUUUAUAGUCAUUAGAAAACCAUAGAUUUAAGUUGAUUUGUAAUAAAAAAUUAAUGAAGAAGAAUUAUCAAUGUAUAUUCCACAAUUCAAGUCAAGAUAAUAAACUCUAGAUGACUAUUAUAAUUAAAUAAAGUAAAAGUCCUUAUCAAAGAAAUGGAGAGACAGAGAAGAAGCUGCUUUGCAAUUAAAAGAAUUAAUAACUUAUAUGGAUAUCCGUACACUAUUUGUUUCAAUAGUUACUGAUUUCUUCGAUUUAUGUUUUGAUAAAAUAGCUUAAGUUAGAACUGUAGCUGCUUGGGAAGUAGAUUCUCUAUUUUCAAGACUGCCUCCAAGAAAUCCUAUGAGCAAUAUAUUUUAUUAAGCCCUUAUAGAUAACGUUAACUCCUACUAUUUUUCAUCUUCAUAUCAGCUUAGAUAAGUAUUUGUUGUCAUGUGUGCUUCUCUGAUGUAAAAAAAUUCUAGAAUAUUUUUAUCAUACUUCAGUGAGAAAUUCAUAAGCCUUGCUGAGGAUCGAGUUACAAAUGUAAGAAUUAGCGUUGCUAAAACAAUAGUUGGUCAUCUGGUAAAUAAAAUGCCUCUAUCUAAUCAUAAGGUGAUUAAGUAAGUUAUUAAUUUGAUAAAAUAAGAUAAAAACAAAGAUGUUAGGAACAUAAUUUAUGAAUUGGACUUAGAUUAGUAUUAAUUUGAUGAAGAGUAGGAAUAUGAUUCUAAAAUUAGUGAAGAAUGCAGUAAUAUGCAGUUGAAUAAAAGUGAAGUUGACUAAUUUGUAAAAAGUGAUACUUUAAACAUGGAUCUGUUAAACUCUCCAACUACCCAAGUCGAUCCAUUUGAUUUAUUAACUGAUUCUACACCAAUAAAAGAUUAUGAAGAGUAAAAGUAAAAUAGAGAAGAAUUAACUUAUUUUGAUGUUGAUAGUAGUAAAUCACCAUAAUAAGAAUCACAAUUUCAAUAGUAAAAUAAUAUUGAUCUUAUAGAUUAUGCAACUAUUGCAAAGCAGAUUAACAUAUUUGAUGAUUUAUCAGAAGAUACUUAAGAAGACUAAAACAAAAUUGCAAUCAUACUUGAAAAAGAAGUUGAAUAAGAAGAAAAAUGGCCAGAAUUAUAAAUGUAGAAAAUAAAUCUCGAGUAACCAUAAUAAUAACAAUAAUAGGAAGAAGAAAAAUCUGAAUAAACCCAGUAAGAUGAAUCAAAAAGUUUAACGCCAAUCGAUUUAUUAGAUGAUUUAGAUGAAAUUUUCCCUUCAGCUCCAAUUCAAUAAAAGCUAUCAGUUAUGCAAUAAGAUAAUUCUUAAUCACACUAAAUGAUUUAAACAAUAAAUUGA